AUGGGGAGGGGAGGAGGGCCUUCUCAGGAGGCUGAGAAGAGGCUCCGCACCAGCGGGAGUGACCGGAGGAAUGCCAAGGGGCCCCAUCAGGGAGGAGGGCUGCCCACAGAGGAAUGGGCUGGCUCGGGAAGCCUGGUACUGAGCUCCUCAUCCCUGGCAGUGUUCAAGCAACGCACAGAGGCCCGGUGCCUGCUUGUUGGUGUGUGCUUGGACUCAGUGGCCACUGAGAUCCCCAGCUGUGGCAUGGGGCAUUGGGGUGUGUCUCCCCCAGAGUCCCAGCGGGCACCCAGCCAGCCCGAAGCUCUGGUGGUGUUUCCGGGCCAGACGGCCAGGCUGCUGUGCUCCCUGCAGCCAGAAGUGGCCAUCUCCGAGCGGGGCAUCUCGUGGUUCCAGCAGUUCCCCGGCAGCGCCCCCCGCUUCCUGCUGUACUACUACAAUGAAGAGGAGCAGGAGCGCCGGCCGGGGCUCCCAGAGCGCUUUGGGGCCUCCAAGGAUGCCACCCACAAUGCCUGCAUCCUGACCAUCUCCCCGGUGCAGCCAGAGGACGAAGCUGACUACUACUGCUCCUUGGCCUACUAGGGCCCUCCUCUCUUCUUUCCCAGCUUCCCCCCUCCCUUUCCCAGCCCUGCCCAGAGCUCCCUGGCCUCUGGCUGGGUGACCCUGGGCCAGUCUCUUGCCCCAGCCCGGACCCACACAACCAGUUUGGGACAUUCUCACCCCUGGGCACCCCCCCAGACCUAUCCCCUCUGGGUCUUCCUCCUGCCUGGCCAGCUCCCCUGGGGCCCCUCCCUGCUGCUUCCUGCCCCUCCCCUCCAAGUGUGUAGGCUUGCCUCAGCCCCGCCUCUUCCUGCGCGUCAUCCCAUUGCUAUGGUGAUGCUGAGCUUCUGGAGCGGCUGCCCGGGCCCAAGACUCUAUUCCGUGCUGCCAGGAGCACCAAAGCUCAGAAUGAGCCGAGGCCCUUCGCUGGCGUGGCCGCCCAUGAGUCGUGUCGGUGCCUGGAGUGUGGAAGGGGGCAGAGAGCAAGGGCUCAGGCCCAGGGGGGCUUCGCUUCCUGGGGCCUUGUCCGGAGCACAGUGGGAGGGAGCUGUGCCCGAUGCCAGGAAACAAGGGAGGCAGCCCAGGAUUGAGAGGGCACGGCUGGGGGGCUUGCUGGAGGCAGCCCAGUGGGCGUCAUCAGCAAGAACACUGGCUCGGAGCCAGGCCACUGCCCAGAAUGGGCUCAGGGCCCUGGCAAGAGCGCCGCAGUGUCGGCACGCUCCCUCUCUCUCCCCGGCCACGGGGAUUCCAGGCUUGCACUUCCCGUCUCCCAGCAGCCUCCUCACUGGAAGAGGCGAUGGCAGCGUCUGCACAGGGCCGCCGGGCAUGGACUCAGGCUCCCAGGAGAGCGUGGAGCCGGGGGGCACGGUGCCCCAGGAGGACCCCCCGGCGAGCCUCUUGUGCCUGGGCUCCGGCCUGGGGAACGUGGGCGCUGGGCCGCCUCAGCAACACGACCCUCUCUAAAAGCUCGGUGUGGCCGACUUCCGCCAAGUGGCGACGGUCCCAGCCUGCGAGCAGCUCUCCGCCCGGCCUCCUGUCUCCUCGGGGACCCGCCGUGGGUCCUCUGAAAGCCCCAGAGGCUGUGUGUGCGGCCAUCUUGGUCCUCAGGAAAGAGCCGCUGGAGCCGCUGGCCAAGCAGCCCCAAGACCUGCCUCCCGGCCUCAGGCACGCAGGAGCCCACGUUGAGCGCCAGCCUCGGCUGGCUCACCCAGACCGUUCUCAGAGCCGUGAGGGAGGCGCGUGGGUCACCCGCCGCCAUCGUCCUCCGGGGCAACACCCCCAUUCUCUUGCAGGCCUCUCCCACGUGGACCGGCCACUGGGGCGCCAGAGGAAGGCCACGAGCCUGCCGUGCUCCUCGGGCCCCCUCUGGAUCGGGCCUGGGGGAAGGGGGCGCCUGCGAGAGCCGCUGUUCCACCAGCUCCACGGAGGCUGGUCCGGCCACCCGAGGCCCCCGAGGAGCCCCAGAAGGGUUGUUAGGCCCCCCGCGAUCUCUUCUCCCAAUAAAGUGCUUCGCUUUCUUCUGGA